CCCGCAGCUAAGCUAAAUAAGCUAAACUUCAGCUGUUUUGUCAGCAUGAAGACGCCGGUUUGACACCACAACAAGCCGCUUGUGAGCCAACCUUCAUGGGUCGCAACCCCCACAGACAGUCGGCCUAAACACUUUGGACUUCAUGAUAUAACCCGUAACCCAUCGAACACUCCAGAAUCAGAUCUUUCAACAAUGGAUGACCCCAACAGACCCCAGCGGAAGAUGUCCACAGCAGGGGACAGCUUGUACAAAGUCCUGGGCCUGCAGAAGGGAGCAACACCCGAAGAGAUAAAAAAGGCAUACAGGAAGCUGGCAUUGAGGCACCACCCCGACAAGAACCCCGACAACCCGGAGGCGGCGGAAAUGUUCAAAGAGAUCAACAACGCCAACUCCAUCCUCAGCGAUGAGAACAAGCGCGUCAUCUACGACGAGUACGGCUCCAUGGGCCUCUACGUGGCCGAGCAGUUUGGGGACGAGAGCGUCAAGUACUACUUCCUCAUGUCCAAGUGCUGGUUCAAGGCCCUUCUGGUGUGUUGCGGGAUCUUCACCUGCUGCUGCUGCUUCUGCUGCUGCUGCUUCUGCUGCGGGAAGUGCAAGCCCUCCGAGGAAGCCGAGGACACUUUCUACGUCAACCCCGAGGACCUGGAAGCGGAAAUCAAAGAGCAGGAGGAGGCACGAGACGCUGUAAUCGUUAUUCAGCCAAGCUCCGCUGCCAAUGCCGACGGCUCGGGCGAAGUUGGUGACGCCGCGUCAGGCGAGGACACGCCCAUCGUCAUUCAGCCCUACGCCAGCAACGGAGACAUCCACCUGUCAGUGGAGUGAACCCUGCCGGUCCUGGACUGGACUUGGAGUAUGCAUUGAUGCAAAAACAUCCCAGAGGUUUUUUUUGUUUGUUUUUGUUUACAUCAGCAGUUUAUUUUUGUUUUUAGGUGCCACACUUUUUGUCUUUUCUUCCUAGCCUCCAGUUAUUUAUGUUUUUUCUCAAAUGCAUCUGGAAUGUAGUCACAUGACCAAAGCCUCGUCUCCUCGUGCACUUUAAACAUGCUAACCGUGUCAAAGUGCCAAAUGACGCCACAGUGGCUGGAUAUACAGUGUUCCCUCGCCACUUUACGGACGUUUUUAACUUGUAAAUAGCUGUUUUUUUAUGUAUUUGUAUUAUAACUUCUAUCUCAUAUAAUCAGCAAUAGAUACUACAAGGAGACGCCACACCCGUAUUUGAUCAGCGUGCCUACGUUAGCAGGGUAUUACGUUGUUGUCGACGGCACGGAAACAGUUGCAGAAGAAACUGUGUUAUCAACUGUGUAUUGAUAGUUUAGGAUUUUAUGUUGACAAUAAAGUGAACCGCAAUAAUAAGCAAGUUAUGAUUUAUUUUCAGUUUGUACGGCAUUGUAUUACACUAUCUAAAAAGGCCGAUACAUCGCUAGGCAUGUCUAUCUAGUUAUAUCUAUGUCACCAGUAGAGUUCGGAAUCUUUAGGCACCUCAAGAUUUGAUCCUACUCGGAUUGUCGGGGCGAUUUUUCAAUUCAGAAUUGAUUCUUGAUUCAACACGAUUCUCGCAAUGUAUUAUUUAGUGUAGUCGGGCUGAAAACUGUUUUAUAUUGGGCAAUAUCGAUAAUUAAUCAUUCGUUAUGACCUAUCGAAAAUCAGGAGCAAUGGUAAAAUGGAUCAGGGGGAAACAUUUUAAUUUCAAAUGUUACCUUCCAAUGAUUAUAAUCCCCUCAGCUAUCUAAGCGGGGAAAGGAAAUGUCAACACAAACGAUGCAAAGAAAAUUGUAAACGCUUAAAAUGAGAAAUGCUUGCUAAAAACAGUGCAAAGUGUGAAAAUAUAAACAUAGAGAAACCUGAGAAGAAGUCAUUUUCUGUGGUUUUGGUGCCAGCUGUGCUCUAAAGGGUGAGCGCGGCGAAGGGGGCGUGGCAUCAUUUACAGACCACAUUGAUUUGACCAGGGUCCCUUUUUGAAACAAAACAAAAACUGCCAUACUAUGGAGGUGACUUUUCCUCUUCUGUAGACAAUUUCUUCAUUUUUACACAUGCAAAAAUAAUAUGGCGCAACCAAACCUGAUAGUUGAUACUGUUACCUGAUUGGCUGUCAUCGUGUCACUCCCACUGAUCAGUGAUCACUCCCUGCGUUGCUCGGUUACCAGAGAGUGAAUACCUUUUGUACGCGCAACCAACCUUGCUCUCGCAAGUUCUGCUUUCUUCCGACAAAAAAAUUAAUAAAUAUCGAACCUUUUAUCAAAGGCAUUUUUUAAUUGAUUUUAUGUGCAUAUUGCAACGUACAUGUUAUCAUUUUAUCAGCAAGCACAAUGGUAUGGUAAUUAUAAUAAAACCUUUUGUUUGCUGACGUAUGACAUGCAUGGAUAAAUACAUCCUUUUAAAAAUGGAUUCUUUCAAAAUAAAUGAACUAAAACGAAACGUUUUUUUUUGUAAAUAAUGACUCAAUUUAGAAACGUAAUAAAUAAGAAUCGCAAAUUCAGAUGUGAUCUCAGGGCGUUCAAUCGUUCACAACUGGACUGCUUGGUUUCCUAGUAGUCUUCUUCAGUCCGUGCCCAUAGACUUAGAUCGGUCAGCAGGCCUGGCCCUAACCAAUCUGGCGCCCUAGGCAAGAUUUUAGGUGGCGCCCCCCCCCCCCCCACAUCGGCAGUGAAGUGUAUAUACUCACAAGAAACUGAAUAGCUUUGUCUUUUACCUUUUUUUUUACUUAAAGAAAGCAAAUAUAACAUAACAUUCUCAUAUAAUAUGUUAGAUUAUCUUUCACCAAAUCCCAGCAGUGCUCAAAUUAAAAAAACAGCAUUCCCUCUCAUGUGAUAUUGCUUAAUUAACAUUAAUGAUGUGCACUUUAACAACUAGGCUUACAACUAUACCUAAUAUAUAAAGGGGUGGAAAAGUGACUAUUACCUGCAGGGCAAACAUUAGCUAACCAGAAGGCAAUAACAAUGUCAACAAAAAACACCUGCUUAAAAGAUCUAAUACAAAUGUCCCUGAGGAAUGUAAGGUGGGAGUACUGUACUUACCUAACGUUACAUUAUUAUUUUCCAUAACAAUUUAGCCCCCUCCACAAUAUUAACCCGACGUUAAAACAGAACUAGCUAUUUAUUGAUUAGCCAUUGCCGAAUCAUGUAACAUUAGCUUAAUGCUAAAAAGCCAGGUUACUAUCACAUUCUGUAACAGACAAAUAAUUUCAUGUAGGCUAACGUUACCUACCUGCUACCUCUGUCUUUUUCUCGUUUCUCCUCUUCUUUUCUCUUUUUUCUUCCCUGGGCACCUGACAGUUUUGGCCGUUUUGACAUCUUGUGUUGAUUUUUUUAUGUGGUA